AUGUCACUUCCUGCUUCUCCCACCGAGACCUCUGGCGCUAUCUCGACAUCUCCACCCCCUCCACAAGACAAAUUGCUUGCUGAGGCCUUCGUCAACUUGGCUCCACUCAUGAGCUCCAGUUCACAAAAAACCGGAGAGAUCUACAUCGUCCCAGCCGUGGUCAUCCUCGACCACGCCGACACUACAACGCUGGACGACUGUCAUGACGAGGAUGCCGCACAGCCUGGUCCCCCUGAUGUCACACCUCAGCAUAACUCUUUCUCCAUACCAGCCCUGACUAAGGGAAAGCACGAAGAUUUCCCCUCUCGCGCCUCUUCACCGCCGGCUUUGAAUGACGAGGCUAUUGGAAAUGAUAGCCGACAACCCCGAUCUCAAGGCGUCGAAGAGCCUGCACAUCAGAAGAUGGUAUCGCCAAAGAAGAAGCCUUCGGCGAGGACACGACCGAGGAAGGAUCGAGUCGCAAAGUCAACAUCAGCGCCGAAGAUUGGGCGGAGCAGGACAUGGCGUAAUCAAGACCAUGGGAAGAUGCUCGAUACUCUAGCUAAUCAAGAGCAAAAGCGCAUGUUGACUGCCCAGAAUUCGCACCUCGCCGCGAUGCAAAAGGCCCCUGGUUACGAGACAGUCACUCAGGUUGCGGCCACGGUGGAGGCUCACCAGAACAACAUCAACAAGGCAAAGGUCCAGAUCAAACACAUAGCAUCUGCUCUUGGUCCUGGUACCAACCGAAACCGAGACGUUGGCGGCAAGACGAACAAAUUUGAUCGACAAGACGCCCACAUCGCUCUGAACACAGACAGUAUCGGCGCUUGGACGGGCUCAAAGUGGCAAGACGAGCAGAAUGAAAACAUGAUAUGGUUCAGAAUUCCUGCUAAGCAGAAGACACUUUCGCUAGCUGGCCGCAUGGUACCCAUGGCCGAGAUCAUUGCCAAGUCCGCUAAGUUCCCAGAAUUCACCCUCAUGCGGAAGGAAAUGACGGAGAACUCCAAGACUAGGAAGAAGGAAGUCGGCUUUUACACAAUCACGUAUGAGAAACUUGAGCCCGAACAGGCUACUGCACGCGGAGAGGUUUUGCUUCGACAGGCCAAGGCUGAGGCGACUCAACGCAAGAAGGAUGAGGCUGCCGAGAGGCGUCGAGAAGCUCGUGGGGGAGCCGCAUCGAGGAAGAAGUCUCGUGCUUGA